UCACCUCAGUUCUUGCUGCAAUCUUGAACGGUAGUGACUGAUGAGUGUAGUGUUGUGGACUCGACUGGCUGGCUUUAUCUUCAACGUACAUUUUUCCAGUUUAAUUCAGUGUUUUACGGAACAUUUUCUCCAGAGGUGAAGCCUAACACGUCUAUCGAAGAUGUCUGUGGCCGGACUGAAAAAACAGUUCCACAAAGCCAGUCAGCUACUCAGUGAAAAGAUCAGCGGUGCAGAGGGGACCAAGCUGGAUGAAGACUUCAUGGAGAUGGAGAGGAAAAUCGAUGUGACCAACAAGUUGGUGUUUGACCUCUUGUCCAAAACAACAGAAUACCUCCAGCCUAACCCAGCCUCUCGAGCCAAACUGAACAUGCUGAACACAGUGUCUAAGAUCCGAGGGCAGGUGAAGACCACGGGCUACCCUCAGACCGAAGGCCUGCUGGGAGACUGCAUGCUGCGCUAUGGCCAGGACCUGGGAGAGGACUCUGUCUUUGGCUGUGCUCUGGGGGACGUGGGCGAGGCCAUGAGGCAGAUGGCGGACGUGAAGGACUCUCUGGACAUAAGCGUCAAACAAAACUUUAUUGACCCGCUCCAGACUCUACAGGACAAGGAUCUGAAAGAGAUCACGCACCACCUGAAGAAGCUGGAGGGCCGGCGGUUAGACUUUGACUAUAAGAAGAAGCGUCAGGGGAAGAUCCCAGACGAGGAGAUCCGACAGGCUGUGGAGAAGUUUGACGAGAGCAGAGAGCUGGCCGAGAGGAGCAUGUUCAACUUCCUGGAGAACGACGUGGAGCAGGUGAGCCAGCUGGCGGCGCUGAUCGAGGCGGCCGUAGACUACCACAGACAGUCGUGUGCAAUCCUGCAGGAGCUCAGUGGGAAGCUGCAGCAGAGGAUAGCCACAGCAAGCAGCCAGCCCAAGAGAGAGUUCAAACCAAAGUCUAUCAGGAGCAACGUGGACCUCUUGGACAACAGUCAGCACAACGGCCUGUCCUACCGCUCCUCGCUCCGAUCCACCGAUGUCCAAAUCCACCCCCCAGUCAAUGGGAAAACGGAUCAUAUAACCUCCUUUCCUCUGACAUGGCCCGAGAGCCCCGCCAUCAAUGGCAACGCUCACCAGUCCGAGGCGUUGGACCAGCCGUGCUGCCGCUCGCUUUACGACUUUGAGCCGGAGAACGAGGGCGAGCUGGGCUUCAAGGAGGGCGACAUCAUCAUCCUCACCAACCAGAUAGACGAGAACUGGUACGAGGGCAUGAUCCACGGAGAGUCGGGCUUCUUCCCCAUCAACUACGUGGAGGUGAUUGUCCCUCUGCCUCAGUGAACGCCGGCACCUGGAGUCCUGCACAGACUCCAAACGCCUGCCUCAGCCCACUCAGACUGUUGGCCUCUGGCCUCCGCCCGACUCGGGACGGAACGUGGACGGGGGCCAGCUCAGCCCCAAGCUGGGAAAACAAUUCCUGUCUUCUGAUUUUCAAACCGCGCCAGAGAGGUAGUAGUUUUGUCCCAAACUGACUUAAGUUGAAAUUUCCCAGAUUACGUUGUUUUUCUCUGAUGAUAUUAAUGAACCUGAAGCCAACUGAAACACAAGCCAUUAAGUGGGACACUCUGCCUGGUUGGACCCUUUGGGUCCUGACCAAGGUAAAA